ACAACAAGGAACCUUGCAAGCUACUUCUUAUUAAGAAUACAGCAGCAGAGAAAACAAAAUAUGUUUAAAAUCUUAAGUGUGCUUUUUCUUCACUAUUUACUGGCAUCUGGCCAGGCUUAUGAUGUGCCUAAAGCCAAGAUUGAAGUUAAUUGCUCUAAGGGCUUCCAAGUUUCUAUACCGCAUGCAGAUGGCAUCACAUUGUUCGCUUUUCAUGCAAAGUUAAAUGAAGAAAUGGACGGUUUGGAAGGUGGAACUUGGUCGCGUGACAUUGUGAAACCGAAAAACGGGAGCUGGACUUUCACGGACCGUAUAACAAAAUUGAAAUUGGGCGACACGUUAUAUUAUUGGACUUACGUUAUCUAUCAAGGUUUGGGUUAUCGCGAAGAUGACGGCGUUUACGUUGUAAAUCGCUGUAUUAAUUCAAACACAACCGUACCAGGCAGAUGUGAGGCACCUUUUACCAAAGUCAAUGGUUCCUCUGUGACGUGCAGAAAUGAAUUAUUAUUCGAGGAGAAUUUUGACGAUCAAGUUUUAGAUAGCAAUAAGUGGAAAUUAGAAGAACGCCGUGCCAACCAGCCUGAUUAUGAAUUUUGCCUUUAUAAGAAUGAUGAAAGCGAAGUUUUGCGAUUACAUGACGGUAUGGCUACCAUCAAACCCAAAAAAACCGAUUCUAUAUUAGGUGCAAAUAGUAUAAGGAAAAAUUUCGAUGUAGGUCCCAAUUGUACCGGUGAGUUAGGAUCGGUGGAAUGUCAUUAUGAAUAUGGUCGUAGUCCUGACAUACUCGAACCAUAUAUAUCAGCACAGUUUUCCACAAAAAAAAAGUUUACUUUUCAAUAUGGUCGGGUAGAAAUACGGGCAAAAUUGCCUAACGCUAAAUGGGUCUUCCCGCAGAUAUGGCUGGAACCGACUAGCUUUAGAUACGGUCAUAAAGAUUACCAAUCCGGUCAAAUACGUUUAGCCGAUAAUCGUUUUAAUGGCCAUAAAUAUCGUCUACAAGCAGGAGUUAUUCUAAAUGCCAAAGAACCUUGGCGCUCUUUAAAAAUGUGUAAGAUUGAAGGAAACCAAUCAAUCGAUGACUUUCAUCUGUAUGUCUUGAUGUGGACGCCCAAUUACAUGGCAUUUUCUAAGGAUGGUGAUGAAUAUUGUCGUAUCGAAAUUCAAGAUGAUGAUCAAGCUUUUCAGAAUUUACGCGUGAAUAAUGGCAAGCGGCUACCGAAUCGUGAGUUGUUAACUAUGGGUACAAAAUGGGCACCAUUUGAUCAAGAAUUUUAUAUUACGUUGGGUUACGGCAUUGGAGGCAACAACGACUUUAACGAUAAUACUUGGUAUGAGGGGAGGCCAUGGACCGAAUCUGAUCCACGCGCUAAAAAUGUCUUCUGGAAUUAUAUGCGAGAUCGUGACGAAUGGUUAAAUAAUGGUGAAUUGAAAAUCGACUUUAUUCGAGUCUAUGCGAUAUAAAUUAAAAUAAAAUAUUGACAUUUUAUUCAUGAUAAUAUAUAAUCUUUGCUUGCAUAAAUGAACCAUUCUAAGUGUGCCGAACCGCGUCGCACCAGCUAAUGUUAUGCUCUUAAAGCAAAUAAAGAAACUUUUAUUCAAGUCUUGCACGUUCGCAUUUGAACAAUGAAAAUAAACUGAAUAAACAAUUAAUACGUAGCUGUUUCUUCAAACCUCUGAUACUUGAUUUGUUUGUCAUUUACGAGGAAACAUUUGCGAAUAUAUAUAACAUAUUAUCUGCAAAAGUAAGUAGUAUUAGCUAUAAAUAGGAAAAACAAAAAAUGAAAAAAGUAAAAUCUAAAGCAGCAAGUAGCAAGCAGCAAGCAGUAAGCACAUCGUCAUCGUCUCGAUUUUCAAAAAAUCCAAAUUUAAUUCGUACUUAAGUCACUUACAAAUGGGCUUCUUAGGAUGCUUACGCUUAUAUUCUUUAUAUUGUAAUACGUAGAAAUGAUGAAAAACGGUCGAUUUAUAUGAAAUAUGAAAAAGCUAAUAAUGAAUUUGAUGACAGGUCGAGUAGAUUAGAAUCAUCUCACUCACUAUUGCUACU